UGGAGGAGCCGUGUUCUGUUGCCGCGAAUGGUUCGGACCACUCCAUUGUUGUUAGUUCUUGGACGUCAGUUUGGAUCCGUUCAAGUAUUUUCACGGAUUUUUUGAAUACCAUCGAACCUCAACUGGAUUUUCAAUGGAUAUUCCGAUUUGAAGAGAGGUGUGCUUGCACGGGGAAAGUAAAGAGAAGUAAUCAAGGAAGGGACCCGGCAGCGUAACAAUGAGGUCAGAGGCCUUGCUGCUGUAUUUCACACUGCUGCAGAUCGCAGGGGCUGGCUUCCCGGACGACUCAGAGCCAAUCAGUAUUUCACAUGGCAACUAUACGAAACAGUACCCAGCAUUUGUUGGACACAAACCAGGAAGAAACAACACACAACGGCACAAACUGGACAUUCAGCUGAUAAUCAUAAUGAACAGAACCCUUUACAUUGCAGCAAGGGAUCAUGUAUACACUGUGGACAUUGACACAGCUAACUCGGAGGAAAUCUUUUUCAGCAAGAAACUGACGUGGAAGUCCAGACAGGCAGACGUGGACACCUGUCGGAUGAAAGGCAAACACAAGGAUGAAUGCCACAAUUUCAUCAAGGUCCUCCUUCAACAAAAUGAUGACACCUUAUUUGUGUGUGGAACAAAUGCUUUCAACCCUUCCUGUAGAACGUACAAGAUGGACACCCUGGAUGCCCUUGGGGAGGAGAUUAGCGGAAUGGCGCGCUGCCCGUAUGACGCAAAGCAUGCCAAUGUUGCCUUGUUUGCUGACGGGAAGCUUUACUCAGCUACAGUAACAGACUUCCUAGCAAUUGACGCUGUCAUUUAUCGUAGCCUGGGCGACAGUCCAACACUACGCACCGUCAAGCACGACUCUAAAUGGCUCAAAGAGCCUUACUUUGUACAAGCAGUGGACUAUGGGGAUUUCAUCUACUUUUUCUUUCGGGAAAUCGCCAUGGAGUACAACAGUAUGGGAAAGGUGGUGUUCCCUCGGGUGGCGCGGGUGUGUAAGAACGACAGGGGUGGGUCACCCCGUGUGCUGGAGAAGCAGUGGACCUCCUUCCUGAAGACACGACUCAACUGCUCCAUCCCUGGAGAUUCCCACUUCUACUUCAACAUCCUGCAGGCCGUCACAGAUGUCAUACACAUCAACGGACGGGAUGUCGUCAUGGCGACCUUCUCCACGCCGUACAACAGCAUUCCCGGCUCGGCUGUCUGCGCCUACGACAUGGCAGAAGUGGCAACUGCCUUCACUGGUCGCUUCAAAGAACAGAAGUCGCCCGAUUCCACCUGGACGCCAUUUCCCGAGGAGAGAGUUCCCAAACCGAGGCCAGGCUGUUGUGCUGGCGGUCAGUCAGUAGAGAAAUACAAGGUGUCCAACGAAUUCCCUGACGACACCUUGAACUUUAUCAAGAUGCACCCUCUGAUGGACGAAGCAGUGCCCUCUAUCGCCCACCGUCCCUGGUUUCUCAAAACGAUGGUUCGGUACCGGCUGACACGUAUUGCCGUGGACAACGCGGCAGGACCGUACCGCAACCACACGGUUGUUUUCCUCGGGUCGGAAAGAGGGAUCAUUCUCAAGUUUCUGGCCAAGAUGAGCACCGGAUUUCUUAAUGACAGCUUGUUUCUGGAGGAGCUCAACGUCUACAAUCCCGAAAAGUGCAGCAUCGAUGGCGUGGAGGACAAACGCAUCAUCGGUAUGCAGAUUGACAGCCGGAGCCACUCCCUCUUUGUGGCGUUCACCUCGUGUGUCGUCAGAGUGCCGCUGUCACGAUGCGAACGACACGGCAAAUGCAAAAAGUCCUGCAUUGCCUCCAGGGACCCCUACUGUGGCUGGGUGGCAGAGGGUGCCUGCAAGGAGGUGGUGCCAAACACAAAAUGGUCCUUCGAGCAGGACGUGGAACAGGGCAACACAGAUGGACUGGGCGACUGCCAAAAUUCCUAUGUGGCCCUAAAUGGCCAUGCCACCCUCCCCUUCCCCACUUCGCCCGCGCCUCCCGCGGGAGGUCCCUUGGGCCGAGGGCGCAUGGUCAACCCGAAGGAUCCCCCUGCGCCGACCGAUAAGAAGGAUCCCUAUAUCGCUGUGUCCUCUCAAAACCAGCAGGACGCCAAUGGGGUGAUUCGUGAAAGUUACCAGAAAGGCCGCGAUCAGAUGGUUCCUGUCACACUCUUGGCCAUAGCAGUUAUCCUGGCCUUUGUCAUGGGUGCUGUCUUCUCUGGUAUCAUCGUGUACUGCGUGUGUGAUCACCGCCGCCGUGACUUUGAACUGUCCAGCCGCAAAGACAAAGACUCAGUCAACUCCCGUCGCGGCUCUAUGAAUAGCGUGACCAAGCUGACCGGUCUGUUUGAGACCCAGUCUAAAGAUGGGCGGCCUGAGGCCAUCCUCACGCCCUUGAUGCAUAACGGCCGGCUGGCUAACGGCAAGAUGCUGAUCAAAGCGGACCAGCACCACCUGGACCUGGCUGCUCUGCCCACCCCAGAGUCUACCCCCAUGCAGCCCAGACGCAAGCCCAGCCGUGGCAGCCGCGAGUGGGAAAGGAACCAGAACCUGAUCAACGCCUGCACCAAAGACCUACCGUCCAUGGGCUCCCCAGUCAUCCCUACAGACCUGCCUCUGAGAGCUUCCCCGGGUCACAUCCCCAGUGUCGUGGUGCUGCCCCUUCCCCAACACCAGCAGGCCUACCAACAUGAGUAUGUGGAGCAGCCUCACCGUAGAGGAUCAGGGGAGCUGGGCCCAGGGAUGCCUGACGACCAGGCAGCCACGCUGGAGUACCAGGCGAUGAAGAGCCCAUGUCACGGGAUGGGCCUGGCCGAGAAUGACGGGGUGGUGCCGCCCCGCGUGCCCCAGCGAGAGGCGUCGCUAAGCAUCCCUCCAGCCGUGCCGCAGAUGGGCAAGCGCCUGGACGUCUACGGCCACGAGUACAAGCGCGGUUAUCCCAUGAGCUCUCACAAAGGUCAGGCGGCCCUGAAGAAGCACAACACCAAUUCUUCCAACUCCUCUCACCUGGCCCGCAAUCACAGCUUCAGCCGUGUGGAGACACCGCCACCUGCCCCUCAGAGGGUAGACUCAAUGCACGUGACGUCACCUGUGCAGGGCGUCUCGCUCUCCCGUCACCCCAGCCUGAGUUCUUAUGGCUCGCUGCCCCGCUGCGGAUCCAAACACCUCAAGCCUGACGUUCCUCCCAAGCCUUCCCUUGUGUCUCUCUCCACGAAAGUCAAGUCCAGCGACUCGUGUACAUAAUCGACUCACGCGCAGGGGGAAUAACAAGGGGAACGCAAAUGCAUCUGCUUUUGUACAUCUGUGUACAGGAAAUGCGUCUUUCAAAAGAAAAAGAAAAAAAAAAGGAAAAAAAACCAACACACAAACAAAAACAAACAGAUGUUUUCAUAUAUAUGUAUAUGUUGAGCUCAGGCGGUCGACACCCAGUUACCGGUCGAGCAAAAAGUGGAACACCUGCUACUGACAAAAAAACGUGACUGUCCCUCUGUCUUUCUCUCUCUCUCUUGAAUAUUUCAUCAGUAAGACUCAUAUC